AUGCCUAGGAGAUAUCCCGAGACUUCGGGCUCCAAGAAGCCCAUGAAGGCAAAGAACCAAGAGCGGGCGUAUAUCGCUGCCUCCAGACGAUCAGACCGAAGCCUUGAAGCUCGCGUUGCUUCCGCACGCCUUGCUUCUGAGAUACACAAGAAACGUACAGGAAAGGGGUUCAAGAUUACAGAGGAGAUCGUCUCAAAGGAGGAGAUGUAUGAGGAGGAGGAGGAUGACCUUCCUAUGAGCAUCCGAGCAAGCUUGGGCUCCCUUCACACCAGCUCAGCACACUUCAAUGCCAGGAUGGAUGCAUACGUCGCGAAGCACAUGGGCAUGGCACAGAUGGCAAGAGAACUGGAGAUUGGCCAACAGUUCGAACAGCAUUUCCCUGGCUUCAGCAGCAUGCAUUCUCGGGCGCGAAUGAUGCAACAGCAGCAGCAGAUGCAACAGCAACAGGCUCAAUACCACCAAGGUGUUCAGCCCCAGCAACAGAUGAUGCCUCAACAUACUCGACACCUCUCAUACGCCCAGCAGGAUUUGCCGAGCCGUGACUUCUCCCAGUCACCCACUUCGGAUGCUCACUCCCAGUUUCAGUCACCAGUGACGCGGACUACAUCCCUGAGUGAGGCGUCUUGCAGUCCACAGGCGUCUUACGUGCGCCGUCACACUGUCACUGCUGAUGGAAUGGACAACUCUGCGGACAUUGAAAGGAUGAGGAUGAUGAGCUGUCAGCGCCACAACUCAAAUGAGACUGUUUCCACACCCGCUUUGACAACAGCCUCUGGAGCAGAGUCUCCCCAAGCCCAUCUGCAAACACCCGAAAUGAACGUCGCGAACACUUACAUGACUACGGAUAGCCUUCGCCCCAUGGUCCCAACAGCACCUAUCGUCAAUGGCAAUUCGGUCUUCACUUCCCAGCUCCCUGCCAACGUAGAGCAGAUGCUUUCAGGUCCUUGGGUAGAUUAUAGCAUGACGUAUCACCAGUCUUCAGUCGACGAAUCACAGUCACCUUUGACAGCAAGCCAUGGAGAUCUGGAUAUGGACCAGCUUCCGGAGUGGCUCCGGACUGAUCCGGACCAGAAGACACAUCACAGCUACCUUGACACCACGAGUGCGGAGGUUCAUGGCUGUAGCGACGCCUUUUCAAGCCCGAUUGGCGUUAACCAUAUGUUUCCAGGUGAUGGAACGUUUGGUGUCACCGAUGGGAUCGGCGAGGAUGUGAACUACAACCUUGAAGAAAUGGACAUGGACCAGUACUUCAAUUUCGAGUCGUUCAAUACGAUAUCAGCACAGUCUCAGUCUUGA